AUGCUUAGUUAUGGAGUCUUAUCUGAUACUUUUGCGUUUUCUGCAAUUGUGCGAACAGCUAUUGGUUUAGAAUGUAUUGAAUUGGGUAGAAUGCUGCAUGCCCAGAUUGUUAUAAGAGGCUUUCAUUCUCAUACUUUUGUGGCUACAUCUCUUCUUAACAUGUAUGCAAAGUUCAGGAUUACUGAAGACUCGUUUAAGGUUUUUAACACCAUGGCAAAACAUAAUGAAGUUUCUUGGAAUGCCAUUAUUUUGGGUUUUACAUUAAGUGGAAUGAAUUUGGAAUCAUUUGAUCAUUUGUUACAUAUGAAGAAUGAAGGAAUCAGGGCGAAUACAUAUACAAUCAUUAGUGUUUUAAAAGCUGUGGGGACAGCUCUCAUUGAUAUGUACUCAAAAUGUGGAUCCUGGCAGGAAGCAAAAGUUGUUUUUCACUCAAAUUUUGUUAAUUUUCAGUCUGGGUGUGAUGUGAUUGUUAUUAAUAUUUGUAAUGCAAUUGCUAAUGCAUAUGCCAAAUGUGGAGCUCUUGAAGAUGUAAAAAGAUUUUUUACAGGAUGGAGAGAUGGUGUCAUGGACAACCCUGGUGACUGCACACUCUCAGUGCUUGGAAUGGGAGGAAGCACUGGCUAUUUUUUCAUAGAUGAGGGAAGAAGGCUUUAG